AUGGCGGGCAUUGAGCAGUUGGAGAUCCAUAGCAAGUCCUACAUCGUCCGUUGGGUCAAAGUCGACGAAGGCCAUACCAUAUCCUGGAGCGUUCAACCACACAAAAAGUCCAUAAACUUUGGAAUCGUCAAGCAUCCGGGCACCGGUGCCACCGGCUUGAUUGCGAACCAGAACGACGACACCGCAACCGCCGGCGCUCUCACCUCCGGCGUAGCCGAACCCAAGGGUCGCUUUGCCAAGCGCGACUCCAUCACCGCCCAAGACCAGCUCUCCAGCAAGGGCUUCAUACCCGUCAAAUGGCACGGGAAAUGCGAUGCAGACAAGGUGUCCACCGGCACCUGGGAUGUCGAGAAGGGCCAGGGCGGCAUGUUCGGCCUGGUAUUUGACAACACCUUCUCCAAGCAGAUUUCCAAGACGGCGACCUUCGUCCUUCUGACCUACCCGACCGGUGCCCCGCCCCAGACCACCGCCAACGCCUUCCCGAACCUCCAAGCUGCGAAUGCGAGUGCCAGCAGAACCAGCCUACCCCAAGUGACCACCGUCACUUCCGCUUCGCAGGACAGUCUCCACAGCCAUAAGACCGGUGGCGGUGUGCGACCGACGUCCGCCUCGGGACGCAGCGAGAAUGCCAACUAUCACACGGGUAUUCUUCACAAGAGGAGGAGGAAGAAGGGCCAAGGAUAUGCGCGCAGAUUCUUCUCCCUCGACUACUCGUCUUGCACCUUGUCGUACUACUAUAACCGCAACUCCUCGGCUCUGCGCGGUGCCAUACCUCUCAGCCUCGCAGCUAUUGCGGCCGACGAACGUCGCAGGGAGAUCAACAUUGACUCGGGUGCUGAAAUUUGGCAUCUGCGAGCAUCCAAUGCGAAGGAUUUCAACGACUGGGCGCGGGCUCUGGAAAAGGCCAGCCGCGCGGCCAGAGGGUUGGAGGCCCCCGAUGACCAACCGAACAAUGCCAGGUCGGCGCCUUUACGAGUCAACACCACCCAUCUGAAGCCAAAUGCGACAAGCAUGGAGGAAGACCGCGAAUGGCAGCAGGUUGAGACGUUGGUCAGCCGAAUGGUCGGAACCCGAGAUGCCCUGCGUCGCUUGGUCAAGGACAUGUCGAAUCAAAGGCCUGUGAGCAUGGCAGCGUCGAGCUUUCUGUCUCCCACCAGCAUGGGCGAAGAGCCCGACAGCUAUUUUCCCUCCCCUUCCCCUCAGGCAACCGAGCAGCAGGCACAAAGACGACCAUUCUGGAAGCGCAAAUCGAGUAACGCGACCCCAACAGCUACCACGCCGCAGGCGCAUCAGGCAUCCGCUGCGACCGCUCUGGCUGUUCCGGCCCCGAAUACGGUCACGACCACCAUUUCCUCUAAUGGUCCUCGUCACCACCACUCCAAGUCAAAGGCCUCAAUCCAUGAAGAGAAGAGUACACAAGAGCAUUGUGCAUCACUUCUCAAUGACCUUGACUCUGUGGUGUCUGAGUUCACGACGCUGAUCACCAACAGCAAGCGCCGCAGAGCACCCGCUCCGCUGUCUGCCGCCCCCUCUCGCAGGAGUAUGGAAACCAUGUCAACGGACGAGUUCUUCGAUGCCGAGGCAGGGGAGACGAGUUCGCAAAUUGUCCGGAUUGCUCAGAGUGAAGAUGAAAGCCCGGAUUCUGAGCCGGACGAGGGUAAUUUGACCGAUUCAUCCUCGAUUUCAUCGGCACCAGAGUCGGAUGCCGGCAUUGGCCAGGAUGAUACGAGCUGCUACCCGGCAAAGCCCAAGAGCCUGUCGCCGCUGCCAGUUGACAUUUCAAUAACCAGGCGAACAAAGGUCCCGCCGGCCUUGGUUCAACCCCCGAGUUUGAUCGCUUUCGUCCGGAAGAACGUCGGCAAGGAUCUCAGUACUAUCAGUAUGCCCGUGUCUGCGAACGAGCCGAUAUCACUCCUGCAACGUGUAGCGGAACAGCUGGAGUAUGCGCAGCUUCUCGACCAAGCUGCGCGCGCAAAGGAGCCCAAGGAACGUCUCCUGUACGUCACGGCCUUUGCCGUGUCACAAUUCAGCAGCGGACGAGCCAAGGAGCGUGCUAUCCGCAAGCCCUUUAACCCGCUUCUCGGAGAAACGUACGAAAUGCUCCGAACAGAACAGGAGGUACCAGGAGGCUUCCGCCUGCUUGUCGAGAAGGUUUGCCAUCGCCCGGUGAGGCUCGCCAUGCAGGCGGAUUCGGCAAACUGGUCCUUCAGCCAGUCUCCCGCGCCGUCACAAAAGUUCUGGGGCAAGAGUGCCGAAAUCACCACGGAAGGCCGCGUCCGCGUCGCACUGAGACUGCCUGACGGAACAGAUGAGCUGUACUCCUGGACUCAUGCCACGAUGUUCCUGCGCAACGUAGUCAUGGGUGAGAAGUACGUUGAACCCGUUGGCGUUAUGCCGAUCACAAACGACACCACUGGUGCCAAGGCCUCCGUCGAAUUCCGUAGCAAGGGAAUGUUUGGAGGACGAGGCGAAGACGUCCAGGUGGAAACAUACGGUCCGGAUGGUGUCCACACUGGCAGCAGUCUGUCGGGAACGUGGACUGGCAGCCUUCGCGUUGUCGAAGCCGGCAAGGCCGCCGGUCAGGAGAUCUGGCGCGUUGGCAAGCUUGUCGACAAUGCCGCCAAUACGUACGGUAUGACGACAUUUGCUGCCGCUCUGAACGAGGUCACCGAUAUCGAGAAGGACAGACUACCGCCAACGGACAGCAGACUGAGACCCGAUCAGCGCUUGGCGGAGAAGGGAGACUUGGACCAGGCAGAGGAAUGGAAGGUCAAACUCGAAGAGGCACAGCGAGCACGCCGGCGCGUGCUGGAAGAGAAGGGCGAAGAGCACAGGCCGAAGUGGUUCGUCAAGGUCGGACAAGGCCCAGAGGGCGAGGAGGUUUGGAAGCUGAGGACCGGCAAGGACUCGUACUGGGAGGAGAGGUCCAAGGGGACAUGGACCGGCUUGGAGGAGAUUUUCUCUGGCUAG